AUGUCCACCGCUACAGAGACCCCAACCGUGCCCCCAACGGGCAUGCGGAAAAACGUCCCCACUUCCCUGCUGUUCCUCAUCUCGGCUGACCCGAUCGGACUUACAGGCAAAAACUGGCAUGGCACUAAGAAGGCAUUCCGCCCCAAUGCCGGUUUGACUUCUUACGCUAAGCGUCAAGAGGCGCGUAAGCACCAGGACGCUGUUAAGGAGUUGGAGCGUGAGAUGAAAGAAGAGAAGGAGGCCGAACGUCAAGCCCAUAUCCAACGCAUCAAGGACCGCCGCGAGGCCAAGGAGGAGAAGCUUCGCUUUGAGAAGAUGGCUGAGAAGAUGCACCACAAGAGGGUUGAGCGUCUCAAGCGCAGAGAGAAGCGCAACAAGUUGCUCAACUCGUGA